UCAGUCGCACGCGGAUUUUCACAGUGACAAGUCGAUUGUGCCAAAAUGAGUGCCAAAGUGUAUCCAAAUUGUGACUCCAGCGUUUGGUUGCGAUCGUGCGAAGAGGAAAUCCUUCAGGCAAUUGAUGGGAAAGUCAGUGGCACAAUUCCGGAGUGGAUCAAAGGGAGUCUCCUGAGAAAUGGCCCAGGAAAAGGACACUUCGGUCCGGACAAGUUCAAUCAUUUAUUCGAUAAAUCAGCACUUUUGCACAGAUUCGCAAUUGCUGACGGGAAAGUGACUUAUCAGUGUCGAUUCAUUCGCACGAAUUGCUUCAAGGAAAAUUCCGCUGCCAAUCGCAUUGUUGUGACGGAAUUCGGCACGAAAUCCACUCGAGAUCCCUGCAAAUCGAUCUUCGAGAAGAUUUCCGCGAUUUUCAACGGCGAAGGAAUGUCUGACAAUGCAAUGAUCUCAAUUUAUCCAUUUGGUGAUGAGUUUUUCGCCUUUACCGAGUCACCAAUUAUGUUCAAUAUCGAUGUUGAGACACUGGAAACCAAAGAGAGGAUCAAUUUGAGCCAACAAUUCGGCAUUGUUCAUCACACUUCGCAUCCUCAUGUCCGUCAAAAUGGCAGUGCUUUCAAUCUGGGAACGGCUGUGACGAAAUUCGGCCCCAAAUACUGCAUCAUCGGCUUUCCGCGCAGCGAAAAUGGUGUGAAAAGUGGAAAGAUUGUGGCCUCGAUGCCCGUUUCUAGCAUGCUCAAUCCUUGCUAUAUGCACACCUUCGGCAUGACAGAGAACUUCUUCGUCCUCGUCGAGCAGCCACUCUUCAUGCCCGUGACACAGAUGAGCAAGGCGAUAUGGAAUGAUGAUCCUCUGAUUGACACUUUGUGCUGGAAUGGAGACAAAACCACCAGAUUUCACGUGUUAUCUCGGACGACGGGAAAUCUCGUGCAAACCUUCUGUGCUGAGGCAUUUUUCUUCUUCCACAUGAUCAAUGCAUUUGAGGAAGACAGUCAGAUUAUCAUUGAUAUCUGUUGCUAUGAGAAUGCAGACAUUAUCAAUGCAAUGCUGAUGGAGAACAUCAGGAAUAUGCAGACAAAUCCCAACUAUUCCAAAAGCUUCCAAUCAAUUCCGCAGAGAUUUGUCCUGCCAUUGAACACUGAGGACGAAAAAAACCUCUGCAUUCCGGAGAAACUCACAGACUUGGCGUGCGAUUUGCCUCAAAUCAAUUACUUGAGACACUCCGGAAAGCCUUAUCGCUACUUCUACGCUCUCAGUUCGGACUUUGCGUGCCCUGGAAUGAUCAUCAAAGUUGAUGUUCACAGCAAAACAAGGACGACUUGGAGCGAGGAGCACUGCUUUCCCGGAGAGCCUGUCUUCCUGGAAGCCCCAAAUCCCACGUCAGAAGACGACGGAGUGCUGCUUUCCGUGCUUCUUUGGGGUUCAGACCAAGAGAAUCGCGUUGGACUCUUGAUUCUGAACGCACGGAAUCUUGAAGAGAUCGCGAGAUGUGAAUUUAUCACCUCGAGUCCCGUUCCGAGAUGUGUUCACGGAUGGUUUUCAGCCACAAAAGAAGAUUAGGACAAUCCAUGGGACAAUCAUGGGACAAUCAUGGGACAAUCAUUGGACAAUCCAACCAAUGGGACAAUCCAGGCCGGAUACACCUAUUUUGCGUACUAAAUUGUCCCGCUCUCCCUUUUUUCUAUAAGCUGCACUCUAAACAACUCUUAACAUUUAUUGCACACAAUCUUUUUGUACUUUAUCUUUUAUGAGUAGUUUAAUUUUACACUUCUUCUCAUUUCUUUUUGUGUAAAGAGCUUCAAAAGUACAGUGUAAAUAUGUAUAUUUUUUAACUCACACAAGGUUAUCGCCUGCAUAAAAUAAGAUAAAAA